AUGCUCGCCCCAGAAGGCGCCCUGGAGAAGCAGCUUCCAAAGCUCGGACCUCCCCUCGGAAGAGGCGCAGUUGCCAUGGCCCCGGGGAUGCUCCUCAAGCAUCCUCAUCUCGGGUGGAAAAGGGGCCGCAGGGCAGACGCCUCCCUCCACGACAAUCUGGCAGGAGCGUCCCUUUGGCGGCUGAAGGGAGGCUCCCACCCGACGCCCCUUCCAAGAGGUUAAUCAAGGUCCGCCCCGCCUCCCCCCGCGCGCCAGCCACCCCAGCGUUUCCAUACGGUUUGUUCACAGGCCCCUCCUCGGCGCACCGUGAAUGCGCACUUGCAUUGA